AUGGAAAAAUAUGGGUUCGGACCCACUUCCAAAGAAACGCUAGAUUUAGUUGCCGUACACAUGAGUGAAAAUAACUACAAAACUCCAUUCAAAAACAACAGACCCGGUUAUGAUUGGUUUGCUGCCUUCAAGAAGAGGCACAAUUUGUCCUUAAAAAGACCUCAGGCGGUGGAAAUGUCAAGAAAAGUGGUAUGUGACCCUUUUAUUGUUAAUGAGUAUUUUGAUACUCUUGAUGGAGUUUUGAGUGAACUUAAUUUAAAAGGAAGACUUGAUAAAAUUUGGAACCUUGACGAGUCAAGUUUUGGAAAAGAUCCCGAACGAACAAAAGUGGUUGGAGCCCGUGGAUGUGCCAGUACACGCACAAUUGCAUCAUCUGGAAAAGAUAAUGUCACAAUUUUGUUUACAGUCAACGCAAUCGGUGACAAAUUACCACCGUUGAUUAUACACAGAGGAAAAAAUACGUGGGACCAAUGGCUGUCAGAUAAAGGAUUUGAAAACACAUCCUAUGCUGCCACUAAAAAUGGAUGGAUCGAUGCAAAAGUAUUUGAAAAGUAUAUGUUGAACACAGUGCUACCGCGUUUAAGUGAAGAUCCACCCGCUUUAUUAAUAUUUAAUGGCCAUUCUACCCAUAUCCAACUUAAAAUUUUAGAAAAAGCACAAAAACGAGGCGUAACUAUUAUAAAAUUACCAUCACAUGCAAGCCAUCUUCUGCAGCCAUUAGAUUUAUCAGUUUUUAUAUCAAUGAAAAACACUUGGGAUGCAAAACUUGUGCAUUGGCAACGGUUAAAUGUGGGCACUAAAUUGCCAAAAGAUGAGUUUAGUCGCCUUCUUGGAAAAGUUUGGCGUGAAUUAGACACAAAAAUAAUUAGAAAUGGCUUUAAAAAAGGGGGCAUAUAUCCAUUUGACAGAAACGUAGUUGCGGACGAAAAAUUUGAUCCAGAAUCAUUGAAAAGGUUCAGGGAACAUAAAACGAUACCAAAACAGAUUCAGACAUUAAAAAAGUUAAGUUUGGCGGCCGUUACCCAAGAGUUAUGCAUUAGCAAAAAUCCCAUAGCAGCGUCAUCAAAAUUAGUUUUGCCAAACCAGGAGAUGAAAUUUGAUAAGUCUAAUGAUUCAAAGGUAAUUAGAAUUAUUGAAGAUAGAAUUUUAGCUCCCUCGGAAAGAGUUUCUUUCGAAACUUUAUUAUUGCAGACAAUAAAGAAAAGUGACUCGACAAUAAAAUUGAAAAAAACUAAAAUUGGUAGGGGGGUGUGA